AUGCCGAAAAAGUACGAGAGCUUUGACCACGACCACGAGCUUCAUCCCGUAUGAUUUUUGAAACAUUAUUUUUUUGUCAUUUUUUUGUGAUAAAGUUCAGUUUUCAGAUAUUAAAAAAAUCAGCGAUAAAGAUCAAGUUGCAAGGGAAGUUGUUGAAAAUUCGAUCAAGGAUGCUACAGGUGAUUUUUUUCGGCUUGAUUUCAUGUAAACCUAAUAUUUUGGAUGCGUCAUAAAUAUUGAAACGCUCUUCUUUUUGUCAUUAUUUCGCGUGAAAAAGAUGAUUUUUUUCCAAGAUAAAUGAUGAUUCAAAUAUCAUCCCUAAUUUUAGGUAAAAUGUAAGAGUUUCAAAAACAUUCAGACACCAUUUUUUUCUCCAAAAAAAUAACUUAAUACUGCGUCAUAAUUUUGGCCUCGUUUUUUUGUCUAUGUUGCGUCAUAACUAUUGAAACGCCCUUCGUUUUGCAAUUAUUUUGCGUGAAAAAAAUGAUUUCUUUUUUUCGCGAGUUAAACUAAUUUUGAAAAAUAUUACUAAAAAUGAAUUAAAUCCAAAGUUUCUGAGAAUUUAUACUUUAUUUUUUUACUGAACAAAAAAAUCAGUAGUGCGUCAUAAUUACGGCCUCAUUUUUUUGUCUAAAUUGCGUCAUAAUUAUUGAAACGCCCUUCGUUUUGUCAUAACUUUGAAAGAAACGGUGAAGUUUUUUUAUCUAGAUUAAAAACUAAUUUUGAAAAAUAUCAUUAAAAAUGAAUUAAAUCCAAAGUUUCUGAGAAUUUAUACUUUAUUUUUUUACUGAAAAAAAUCAGUAGUGCGUCAUAAUUACGGCCUCUUUUUGUCUAAAUUGCGUCAUAAUUAUUGAAACGCCCUUCGUUUUGCCAUUAUUUUGUGUGGAACAAUGAUUUUUUUUCGUAAUCUUAUUUCAAAAUUCUCACUGAAAUGGGUAAGACCCAAGAUUUCUGAAAAAAAUUAUACUCUAUAUUUUUUUCCUGGAAAAACAAUUUAAUAGUGCGUCAUAAUUAUGGCUUCAUUUUUUGUCUAAACUACGUCAUAAUUAUUGUCACAGCUUCAUUUUCUUUUAUACUGCGUCAUAAUUAAUGAAAUGGCCUCAUUUUUGUCAUUAAUAAGCGGAAAAAAGGCGUUUCAGGUUUUUUUUAAAACUGCGUCAUAAUUAUUGUAACAGCCUUAUUUUCCUUCAUACUGUGUCAUAGUUAUUGGAACGGCCUCAUUUUUUUGAUUUUUGCGGAUAACAAUGACUCUUUGGAGAUGGAACAAGCUUUCCUAGAAUUUUUUCAAGCUGUGAAUAAUAAUUUUCAGGAAAUUACUCAUCUCUGAUCGCAAUGAGUGCGGACGAAGCUAUCGAAAUUGAUUUCAGCAACGCCACCGACGACCUUUGUUAUGUUGAUAAGGUGAAAAAGCCUUUUCAGUAUCGAUCGAGCCAUUCUCAACGCGGCCAAAGGCCUUUUUGAGCUUAAAAAAAGCAGAAAACUCCAAUUUUGUGAAUUUUGAGAUCCCCGACAACAUUCUUCCACCAGAACUGGUCCCCGGAAAUAAUUCCCCAAUCGAAGAAAUUAUCGUGCCGGAAGUUCAGAAGGUUCUCCUCACCUGGAGAACGAUUUAUUUAUUUUUUACAGGUAAAACUGUCCCAAGAAAAGGAUCACAAAAGGGAAGAUUCGAGGAAACGCAACGGUCAUCAUAGCAGCAAGAGCCAUGAGAAAAAUUCGGACGGUGGAAAGUCGAAAAAAGUGAGUUUUUGGCCGCACGCGGAAGUAGUAUCAGGUCGGGCGCAAUCGCCUCGCAGUCAUUAACUUAUGCCAACCCAACUUCACUUAAAUCUCCAAAACUAAAAAAAAAUUUUAAAAGCGAGAGCAACGGAGGUCUGAAGAGACGCCAGAGAAGCUAGAUAUCUUUCUUUCUCCGGCGUCUCUUCAGUAAGCCUUGAUCUCUCGCUUCCGGUCAUUUGCCCAAAGAGAAGAGAUUAAAGACUGUCUGAAGAGACGCCAGAAAAGCCUGAUAUCUUUCUUUCUCUGGCGUCUCUUCAGGAAGCCUUGAUCUCUCGUGUCUGGUCAUUUUCCUGGUUUUUCAAAAACGAGAUAUCUGUCUGAAGAGACGCCAGAGAAGCUAGAUAUCUAUUUUUCUCUGGCCUCUCUUCAGGCUUUUUGGUCUCUAACUCUAUAUCAUUUUUUUAGAGACAUGAGAUCAAAGGCGGUCUGAAGAGACGCCAGAGAAGCUAGAUAUAUUUCUUUCUCUCACGUCUCUUCAGAAAGUCUUGACCUCUCGCUUCCGGUCAUUUGCCCAAAGAAAAGAGAUCAACCGGGUUCUGAAGAGACGCCAGAGAAGCUAGACAUCUCUCUUUCUCUGGCGUCUCUUCAGAAAGUCUUGAUCUCUCGCUUCCGGUCAUUCUCCUGGUUUUUCAAAAACGAGAUAUCUGUCUGAAGAGACGCCAGAGAAGCUAGAUAUCUAUUUUUCUCUGGCCUCUCUUCAGGCUUUUUGGUCUCUAACUCUCUAUCAUUUUUUUAGAGAAAUGAGAUCAAAGGCGGUCUGAAGAGACGCCAGAGAAGCUAGAUAUAUUUCUUUCUCUCACGUCUCUUCAGAAAGUCUUGACCUCUCGCUUCCGGUCAUUUGCCCAAAGAAAAGAGAUCAACCGGGUUCUGAAGAGACGCCAGAGAAGCUAGACAUCUCUCUUUCUCUGGCGUCUCUUCAGAAAGUCUUGAUCUCUCGUUUCUGGUAUCUAAAAGUCGCGGUCCUUAUUGAUUUCUGAUCACAAUUUAGUGAGCUUUUGGUCAAAGGGAUAUCCUUUCAGAACAACUCCUCAAUGUCCAAAAAAGACGACAAGAACCAGUGCAAGUGCGAGGAGAUCCGCAGCGACAGCAAGCUCAAGACCAAAGUUUGCGUGAUUAUGUAG